AUGCGCUCAUCUCGGCCUUUGAGUCAUUCAUUGCGCCAAUUGCCUAGAUGCAACCCUCUACCUCGCAGUUAUGCUACCUCCGUGGCCGCCGCGGAACUCAAAUUCGGCCAGCCGCUGCAUGAGACGCAUCCCCACAUCCUCAGCCCAGGCGAACUUACGCCCGGAAUUACCGCCCUGGAAUAUGCACAACGUCGAUCGAAGCUCGCCAACAAGCUACCCAAAGGCGCGAUUGCGGUGCUGGCUGCCUCGGAGGUCAAAUACCGCGCGCAGGGCAUAUUCAAUGAGUACCGCCAGGAUUCCAAUUUCUUUUACUUGACGGGAUUCAACGAACCGAAUGCACUCGCGAUCAUCGGGAACGACGGCUCUGGGGACAACCAUAUCUUCCAUUUAUAUGUGCGGGAAAAGGACCCAAGGGCAGAACUCUGGGAUGGGGCGCGCUCCGGCACCCAGGCUGCUGUGGAUGUCUUCAAUGCGGAUGAGACAGGAAACAUUGAACGCAUCGGGGAGAUUUUGCCCAGUAUUAUCCAGGGAGCGACAGAGGUUUACUCGGACAUCCCCACAUUUGAUGGCUCAAGAUCAUCCUUGAAUCGGUAUCUGUAUGGGCCAACAGUCGCGUCGGAAAAGCUGAAGAAGGUUAUCGACAACCGCAGGGUUAAGCCUUUGAAGCAUCUGCUCAAUGAAAUGAGGGUGUUCAAGAGUGAGAAUGAGGUUGUACAGAUGCGCCGACUGGGACAAGCGUCAGGGAGAGCUUUCACCGAGGCUAUGCGGCAGGACUUCACUCGAGAGAAGGAUCUUUAUUCUUUCCUCGAGUACCAGUUCAAGAACGCCUUGGCUAUUCACUACACUCGAAAUGACGAUGUAUUGAAGGACGGUGAUUUGGUUCUCGUUGAUGGCGGUGGUGAAUGGGGAAGCUAUAUUUCCGACAUUACUAGAACAUGGCCUGUCAAUGGCAAGUUCUCCGAUCCCCAGCGGGAUCUGUACAAUGCCGUGCUCAAGGUGCACCGGAGCUGUCUCGCUCUGUGCCGUGAGACCUCCAAUCUUUCUUUAGACAAACUCCAUGGCAUCGCCGAGAAUGGAUUGAAAGACGAGCUCAAGUCGCUUGGCUUUGAUCUUUCUGGCAAUGCACUGAACACCCUCUUCCCGCACCAUCUAGGCCACUAUGUUGGCCUGGACGUCCAUGACUGUCCUGGGUAUUCCCGAGGCUAUGACCUGAAGGCAGGGCAAUGUAUAACAAUUGAACCGGGUAUCUAUGUUCCCAACGAUGAACGAUGGCCCGCCCACUUCCGUGGGAUCGGAAUUCGCAUUGAAGAUAGUGUUUGUGUCGGAGAUGAACACCCGAUUGUUUUAACCCCUGAGGCUGUCAAGGAGGUUGAGGACAUUGAGGCACUGCGUAAUUAG